AUGGUUAUGAAAACCGAUGUGUUAGGAACACUUAAAGGUUAUAAAAGCAAGCGUAAACGACAGAUUAUGGAGAACAAGAAAGCUCGCAAACGUCGGCCACCAUGUGGAUUUUCCAGCCCAGACCACUUCUCAACCAAUGAGCUUCAUAAGAUCUUCAGGAAGGCAAGUGGGGUUCAGGCUAGCUCAACACCUAAAAAGAACAGAGCCGAGGGUACUGGUAUGGUACCAGGGAUCAAAGUGAAUGAAAGUGAUGAUAAACAUGUGCGAAAGACCAGCACCAACAUAAGCACCAAUGAUGAGAAGAAAGCGACGCUCAAGCAUUUGGGUCAAGAUGAUGACCUUUUGACAAAAGGUAAAGUAGCUGCUACUCAUAAAUCAAUUGCUCCAGUUCUGUUAGCUAAACGUUCUUCUCAUGGUUCAGGGCUUACAUCGACAAAAAAAGUUGCAAAUGACGUCUCCUUGGAGACCUCUAACGCAGAUUAUUUUACGCAAAAGGUUAUUAGAGCGUCUCCAAGGAAAAAACAGACCACGGAUCCACAUAAUUUCAAGAGCGAAGCAGCUUCGAACCAAGUCGAAACUUCAGCACCCAAACAUCCUAUCGCACAAGUCGCCAUUUCCAGCCUAGUGGUCGAAUCCUUCAAAAACAACGAUACCCCUUCCAAUUCAAAACGAAACGAGAUCAAGCAGCUGUACCUACGUCUUCUUGCGAAAUGCGCUCCUGGACCCGAUCCUUUGACUCUUCUCCCAUACAAAAGGUUCCCCAUAUGA